UCGCAGCUUCCGCUAAACAAAACAGAGUUUUAGAUUAUAACAAAAUUAAUGAGCACUAAUUUAUCGCAUUUUAUAGUUUAUUAUUAUUAAAACAGUACAUCGAAAAACAUGACGUGUCAUAACGAUUGACGAUCGAGCAGAUUGAACUAAGUUUAAUUGUGUGGUCAGUAUUUUCAAGAUUAGUAUUCACUUUUCCAUCAUAAACACAGAAAUCAAUCAUGGUUUUAUUAUUCAAGUGUAUAGUCCUAACGUUUUGUCUUUGUUCAAUGUAUGUAUGUGGAGUACCAAACACCAAAGAACCGGUUUUAGAAAAAUUACAAGCCCAACAGCAACAUUUUAGAGGUGAAGAACACAAUACAGAUUAUGACCACGAAGCUUUUCUUGGACAAGAAGCAGAAGAAUUUGAUAAUUUAACUCAAGAAGAAAGUCAAAGGAGACUUGGUGUAAUAGUUGAUAAAAUUGAUAAAAACAAUGAUGGAUAUGUAACUCAAGAGGAACUUAAAGAUUGGAUUAAAUUUACUCAAACUCGUUACAUAAUGAAUGACGUGCACAGCCAAUGGGAUAACCAUAAAAACUUGGAAAAUGGAAAAUUAUCAUGGGCGCUAUACAGAAAGGAUACAUAUGGAUUUAUGUCUGAUGACGAAGCAAAAGAAGCGCAUAAAUCAGAUGAUUCCUAUACAUAUGCAAAAAUGAUAUUAAGAGAUAAGAGAAGGUGGGCAGCAGCUGACGUAGAUGGUGAUGGACUAUUGUCCAAAGAGGAGUUUAUUUCAUUCUUGCACCCUGAAGAAAGUGUUCAUAUGAAAGAUAUUGUUGUAUAUGAAACUAUAGAUGAUAUGGAUAAAGAUAAAGACAACAAAAUAUCAAUGGAUGAAUAUAUUGCUGAUUUGUUUCCUGGUGUGGAGCCAAAUGAAGAACCAAAUUUCAUUAAAAGUGAAAUAGAACAAUUUAAAACAUACAGAGAUAAAGAUGGUGAUGGAUUUUUAGACAUUGGAGAGAUCAAAGAUUGGAUAUUACCUGAUAAUUUUGAUCAUGCCGAAGCAGAGAGUAGACAUCUUAUUUAUGAAUCAGAUUCAGAUGCUGAUGGUAAAUUAACUAAAGAAGAAAUAUUAGCGAAAUAUGAUUUGUUCGUAGGAUCCCAAGCAACUGAUUUUGGAGAGGCCAUCAUAAAACAUGACGAGUUAUAAAACAAUUACAAAAAUAUAUUUUUUAAUAUUAUAAAAUAAUAUUUUUAUAUAACGAGUCAAUAUAUUUAU